GAAGUAUCUGCAGCGGGGCUGCUUGUAAGCUUUUUAACUCAACCUUCCAAUUUUUGGAUCCCCCUCAUUGUCACACUCACUUGUGUUGCCACUUCAUUAGGAACACUGAGAUGAACCUCUGGUAGGUGGACUUCGUAAAUCGUGACUCAACUUGAACAUUUUCAAAGCUGUCGGAUUUAGUGUUUUUGUAAAAACGGAGAAGUGGACUUUGUGGAGGAAACAAAUUGCAACAAACAGGAGCUUCCGGUGCUGUUGCACCACUUAUGUAUUGUUGUAGUGCACAGGAAAGUAAAAUGGACUACAAGCGUCGCUUUUUGCUUGGCGGGUCCAAGCAGAAAGUGCAACAGCACCAGCAGUAUCAGAUGCCUGAGCUGAGCCGGACCCUGAGCGCGCCACUGGCUUCUUCUUGCUCUGCCUCUUCGCCUAUGGGCUCUGGGGUGGGCCUUUCUGGCAGCUGCCACCCACCUCCUUCUGGAACCACGACUGCUGUCGCUGACAUCCAACAAGGCAUCUCCAAAUAUUUGGACGCUCUCAAUGUGUUUUGUCGGGCUAGCGCCUUCCUCACAGACCUGUUCAGCAGCGUGUUCAGGAACUCUCACUAUUCCAAAGCAGCUAUGCAACUCAAGGACGUGCAGGAACACGUCAUGGAGGCGGCCAGCAGGCUGACUGCAGCAAUAAAGCCUGAGAUUGCCAAGAUGCUGAUGGAGCUGAGUGCCGGGGCGGCAAACUUCAAAGACCAGAACGACUUCAGCCUGCAGGAUGUUGAGGUGCUGGGUCGGUGCUUUGUCACGGUGAUGCAGGUCCAUUUCCAGUUUCUGUCACAGGCUUUGCAGAAGGUCCAGCCUGUGGCCCAGUCCUGUCUGGCAGAGGCUCUUGCCCAGGCCCAAGAGCGCUGCGCUAGCUCCCGCUCCCAAAGCUCUGACCUCGGGCCCCUAACAGAACUAGAGGAAGCCUCUCGCUCAUGGAAAGGUGCAGCUCAGGCCACAGCUAGGCUGAGAGAGAGGGGCCGGGACGGCUGCCUGGCAGGCAUCCAGGUUCAGCAGCUCUUUUGCUCCAACAACACCACCAUCCCCGAACACCAGCUGAAGGAGCUCAACAUGAAGAUUGACAGUGCAUUACAGGCCUAUAGAGCAGCAUUAGAAAGCCUGGGCCACAGGGAGUAUGCACUGAAGGCAGGCUUUCAUCACAACCCCAAGGCUGUGGAAGAAGCCUUACAGGGCUGUUGUGGUGAGGCAGAGGCUCAGCAGGCAGGCAGGAUGCAGACCACCUCCCAACCCAUCCAGUGCGAGCUUCCCACCAUCCCUGUGCAGAUUGGCUCACACUUCCUCAAAGGAGUGUCCUUCAACGAAUCAGCAGCUGAAAACCUCAAACUGAAAAUGCACACCAUGCUGCAUCUCAUUAAAGAGGUGCUGGGCCAGAAUGGAAUGACUUCCAGGGACGACUCUCCAGUUACUGAGGUCCUCAAUCAGGUUUGUCCAUCCAGUUGGAGAGGAGCCUGCAAGACAGCUGUGCAGCUGCUGUUUGCCCAGGCCGGUCUGGUGGUUGUUGAUACAGCUCAGAUAGAGAACAAGGAGGCGUACGCUCCCCAGAUCACUCUGGAGGGAUCCAAGGUGGUCGUCCAGGUUCCUUCAACAUGGUGUUUGAAGGAGGAUCCUGCCACAAUGUCCCUGCUGCAGCGAAGCCUGGACCCAGAGAAGACUCUUGGACUAGUAGAUGUGCUGUACACAGCUGUGUUCGACAUCAACAGGUGGAAGGAGAGAAAGGAGCAGGCCUUGCCCAUUAUUCAGAUACAGCUGCAGCGAGAGAGCCCAGAUUAUGGCUGCCAGAUAGACUUACCUGUUGGCCCCAGCUCCAAGACCUCCAGCGGAUUACCAAAAACAAUAUCUAAACUGACUUCCAAGUUUGCCAAGAAGGUCUCAUCCAGCUCUAAUAGUGGAGGCAGCUACUCCAUCCCCAGUACUCCAUCUCGCAGCAUGGCGACAAGUUCUGAGGAUAAAGCCAAAAGCCUAGGCCACAGUGAUGGGAGGCUACAGAGCAUUCUACAAAUGGGCAGCAUGUCCUGUACCCCUGACUCCACUCAGCAAAAUCAGCUGGCUAAUGGUUUACUGGCUGAAGACCAGGGCAUGAACCUGCCCACUGACCAAGAGAUGCAAGAUGUCAUUGACUUUCUCUCAGGAUUCAACAUGGGCAAAUCCCAGCAGGCCUCACCCCUGGUCAAGAGGAGGAACUCUGUGGCCUCUGCCAACCCUGCUGAACUGAAACCCCCGAGUGGUCCUCCACCAGCCUCCCAGUCUAUCUCUCAUAGUGCCCUACAGCCCCUGCCUCAGCCUCCACGAUCGGUGCAUAAGCAGCAGCCCCCGCCUCAAACACAGCCACUACCUUCACAGCAGCAACAACAGCAGCAGCAGCAACAGCAACAGCCCCCUCCUCCCUCUCAGCAGUCGUCCCCACAGGCCCUGCCAUACUACCAGCACCUCUUGCAGCCCAUCACUCAGCAGCAGGUGCCUCCUCCUCAGCUUCCUCCCCAGCAGUCCCCAUCACAGGUCCUGCCACAGCAGAGAGUGGCCAGCAAGUGGCUUGGCACUUCAGGGCAGCAGCCCCCACCACAAGCCCCCCCAGCAGGGUUGUCACCCCUAGGUCCCAUUGGACAGUGGGGAUCCCCUGGGCUGCCGGACCUCAGUUCAGAUCUGUACAGUCUGGGCCUGGUCAGCACCUACAUGGACAGCGUCAUCUCAGACAUGCUGGGCCAGAAGCCACAGGGGCCUCGCAACAAUACCUGGCCCAACAGGGACCAGAGCGAGGGGGUGUUUGGAGCCCUAGGAGACACAAUGUCUUUUGACCCAGCAGUUGGCUCUGACCCGGAGUUUGCACGAUACGUUGCCGGCGUCAGUCAAGCCAUGCAGCAGAAACGGCAGGUGCAGCACAUCCGUCGCCCCAGCAACACACGCAGCAACUGGCCAAUGCCUGAUGAGCAGCACAGGACCUGGCCCCACCCAGAGUAUUAUAGUGAGGGUGAGGCCGUGAACAGCAGCUGGUCAGCCAAUCAGGGGGAUUCAGCCAGCUCUAGUGAUGAGACGUCGUCAGCCAAUGGCGACAGCCUGUUCUCCAUGUUUUCUGGGCCAGACCUUGUAGCAGCGGUUAAACAAAGGAGAAAACACAGCUGUGUUGAGCCAGAGGUGUGCACCCUACCUUCACCGCCACUACACCACAUUGGUGAUGAUAACCAGGACAGCAAAACUAAAACCUGGCCCCCGAAAGCACCGUGGCAGCACUCUACUCAGACAAACACCAUGCCCAAUCCCAGUUCUUCCUUGUACCAGAUGAACAUGCCUCCUUCCUCCCAGUGGAGUGACUCCAUGCAGAUGCUGCAGUCUCCUGUGUGGUCUACUGCCAGUGACUGCUCGCCCUCUGCUGGGAUCUCAUCUGGCUUCCCCUUCAGUCAACAGCAGCAGCAGCAACAACACAAAUCCAUGACCAAGGGCUUCAAAUCCUUCCCCCUCAAACCUGAGCAUAGGCCCUCUUACCUUCACCAGUACUGACCAACGAGUCCAAGGUGCCACCGAGGACCUGCAGCUCUGAUAACACGAGCCUCUAAAUGGGUUC